AUGCAGUCCUCCCCAAACAUGCUCACCAAGUUUGAGUCCAAAUCCUCCAGAGCCAAGGGAAUUGCCUUCCACCCGACACGGCCAUGGAUUCUCGUUUCGCUUCACUCCUCAACCAUUCAGCUAUGGGACUACCGCAUGGGAACUCUCAUUGACCGAUUCGAAGAGCACGAUGGCCCAGUCCGCGGCGUUGAUUUCCACCCAACUCAACCCCUGUUUGUGUCCGGAGGUGAUGACUACAAGAUCAAGGUCUGGAACUACCAGACCCGGAGAUGUCUUUUCACAUUGAAUGGUCAUUUGGAUUACGUGCGCACAGUGUUCUUCCACCCUGAACUCCCCUGGAUCCUGUCUGCCUCCGAUGACCAGACCAUUCGGAUCUGGAAUUGGCAGAACCGCUCUUUGAUCUGCACCAUGACCGGUCACAAUCACUAUGUUAUGUGCGCUCAGUUCCACCCCACCGAAGACCUCAUCGCCUCGGCCUCGCUCGACCAGUCCGUCCGUAUCUGGGAUAUUUCUGGCCUGCGAAAGAAGCACUCCGCCCCGACGUCGAUUUCCUUCGAGGAUCAGAUGGCGCGAGCCAAUCCCAACCAGGCAGAUAUGUUCGGCAACACAGACGCCAUUGUGAAGUUUGUCCUGGAGGGUCAUGACCGCGGAGUGAACUGGGUGUCGUUCCACCCUACAUUGCCACUGAUUGUUUCAGCGGGCGAUGACCGUCUAAUUAAGCUCUGGCGGAUGAGUGACACCAAGGCGUGGGAAGUCGACACCUGCCGUGGCCAUUUCCAGAACGCCUCUGCCGCUUUGUUCCACCCGCACCAGGACCUCAUUCUCUCCGUCGGCGAAGAUAAGACCAUUCGUGUUUGGGACCUUAACAAGCGAACCUCCGUUCAGUCAUUCAAGCGCGACUCCGACCGUUUCUGGGUGAUUGCGGCCCACCCCAAGAUUAACCUGUUCGCCGCUGGCCACGAUACUGGUGUUAUGGUGUUUAAGUUGGAGCGUGAGCGACCUGCCUCGGCCGUUUACCAGAACCAGCUGUUCUACAUCACUAAAGAGAAACACGUUAAGUCAUAUGACUUCGCCAAGAAUGUCGAGUCCCCUCCGAUGCUUUCGUUGCGCAAACUGGGCUCCCCGUGGAUCCCCCCGCGCACCGUUUCCUAUAACCCAGCUGAACGUGCUAUUUUGGUCACAUCCCCCGCCGACAGCGGAACAUACGAAUUGAUCCACCUCCCUCGUGAUGCCACUGGCGCAGUCGAGCCUACCGACGUCAAGCGCGGCCAGGCUACCUCUGCGGUCUUUGUUGCUCGUAAUCGUUUUGCGGUCUUCAACCCUUCAAGCCAGCAGGUUGACAUUAAGGACCUAAGCAACUCCACUACCAAGACCAUCACCCCUCCCGCUGGGACAACCGAUAUCUACUUCGGCGGCACUGGUUGCCUCCUGUUUAUCACCCCCACAACCGUCGUUCUCUUCGAUAUCCAACAAAAGAAACAACUUGCGGAAGUUACCGUCAGUGGCGUGAAGUAUGUUGUUUGGUCCAACGACGGUCUCUACUGUGCCCUGCUCAGCAAGCACAAUGUUACCAUUGUUACCAAGACCCUAGAGCAAGUUAGCACUCUCCACGAGACCAUUCGCAUCAAGAGCGCAACCUGGGACGAUGCUGGUGUGCUCAUCUAUUCCACUCUGAACCACAUCAAGUAUUCACUAUUGAACGGCGACAAUGGAAUCAUUCGCACUCUGGAUCAAACUGUCUACCUUGUCCGUGUCAAGGGACGUAACGUCUACUGCCUUGACCGCAAUGCCCAGCCCAGGAUCCUCGAGAUCGAUCCUACUGAAUACCGUUUCAAGCUUUCCUUGGUCAAGCGGAACUACGAUGAGAUGUUGCAGAUUAUCAAGAACUCUAGCUUGGUUGGUCAGAGCAUUAUCUCCUACCUGCAGAAGAAGGGUUACCCAGAGAUUGCUCUGCAGUUCGUUCAGGACCCGCAGACUCGCUUCGAUCUUGCUCUUGAGUGUGGAAACUUGGAGGUUGCUAUCGAGAUGGCUCGCGAGCUGGACCGUCCCAACUUCUGGAGCCGCCUCGGCGCUGAGGCCUUGGCCCAUGGUAACCACCAGGUCGUUGAAAUGACCUACCAGAAGCAGCGAAACUUCGACAAGCUCUCGUUUCUCUACCUGGCUACUGGUGACGAGGAGAAACUUUCUCGUAUGGCUAAGAUUGCUGAGCAUCGUGGUGACUUCACUUCCCGUUUCCAGAACGCUAUCUACCGUGGAGAUGUUGAAGAUCGCAUUCAGAUGUUCAAGGAGGUUGACCUGUAUCCCCUGGCCUACCUCACUGCCAAGUCGCAUGGCUUGACCGAAGAGGCUGAGUCCAUUUUAGAACCCCCUCGUCCUAUUGUUCCUACCUUCAAGUCCAAGUGGCCUGUUAAGGCUGCCGGUCACUCUUCAUUUGAAAAGGCCCUUCUUGGAGAGGUCGGUGCUGGUGACGAGGAGGCUACUGGCGAUGCCUUGGAGUUUGGCGAGAAUGAAACAGAGGCUGUCCUUGCUAAGGAUACCCUGGAAGAUGAGGAGGAGGAUGCCUCCGGAUGGGAUAUGGGUGAUGAUGUUAAUGUUGAGGAGGACGUUGAAUUCGUCAACGUGGAAAGCGCAGAGGCUGGUGCGGGCAGCUCCGAGGCUGAUCUGUGGGCUCGUAACUCUCCACUGGCAGCUGACCAUGUUGCGGCCGGCUCCUUCGACACUGCUAUGCAGCUCCUCAACCGACAGGUGGGUGCUGUGCAGUUCGCUCCUCUGAAGGAUCGAUUCCUUGAGGUCUACAAGGCCUCCAAGACCUACCUUCCUGCCACUACUGGCCUGCCACCCUUGGUCAACUACGUCCGGAGAACUACCGAAGAGACAGAUAGCCGCAAGGUCCUGCCCAUCAUUCCCCGUGAUCUAGAGACCAUUGCCAGCGUUGACCUCCAGGAAGGUUACGCUGCCAUGCGGACCAACAAGUUGGAAGACGGUGUGAAGAUUUUCAAGCGUAUCUUGCACACAGUCCUUGUCAACAGCGUCUCCUCUGAGGAAGAGGUCGAGCAAGCAAAGAAGAUUAUCUCCACUGCUCGGGAGUACAUUCUCGCCAUGUCCAUUGAGCUUGAGCGUCGUUCCGUCCCUACUGAUACCGAGGAGGGUCUCAAGCGCAGCCUCGAGCUGUCCGCCUACUUCACCAUCCCUAAGCUGGAGGUUGCUCACCGUCAAUUGGCGUUGAUGGCUGCCAUGAAGCUAUCCUUUGCCAACAAGAACUACAACUCUGCCUUGGGCUUCGCCAACCGUAUGCUGGCUAACGGUGGCUCCGCCAGGCUUCUGGAUCAGGCCCGCCGGAUCAAGGCCCAGUGUGAGCGCAACCCGUCCGACGCCAUCGACAUCGAGUUCGACCAGUUCGCCGAGUUCGAUAUCUGCGCUGCUUCCUUCACUCCGAUUUUCAGCGGUUCUCCUUGCGUGACCGACCUAUUCUCAGGCGCCAAGUACCAUGAGCAGUACAAGGGCAGCGUCUGCCGGAUAUCCGAGGUCACCGAGAUCGGCGCUCCGGCCAGUGGCCUGCGCCUAUUCGUCCCCGGACUCUAA